AUGAGAGAUGCUCAUAUGAGAUCUGAGCAGCCCUUUGCUGGCCUCGCUCCGGUAGCCCCAUAUCUCUCUUGUAUUGGGGAGCGCAGAACUGGACCCAGUGCUCCAGACUUCCCCCAGUGUCUAACCAUUUUUUCUCUGUUGACCUUCCUAUCAACUAAAUGCUUAUUUUCCAAGGGUAGAGACUUCCAUAUUAGGAUUCUCUUACCAGUGGAUUUUCAAUUGAAAAAUGCAAGGAUAGAGUGUAGCUGGCACCUAAAGAAGAUACUACAUGGAUAUCAGCAUAUUUUAAAGCAGAGGUUGCACAGCUGCCCAGAUCUUGUCAGUUUUUUGGUGGAGCUGAAAACUGUUAUGGAAAUUGCCUUAAAGAAGACACCAGAGCUGCAUAUACCCCGGCCACCAGAAUACUACUCCUGUCUUGUCAGAGAUAUAGAAACAUUGGGCUGGAAUAAAGUUGCAUAUGUAGAUACUGGUCUUACCACCAUCAAGCUAAAAGCUGAAGACUCACGUGGUCGAGAACAUCUAAUCAGUCUGAAGUUAAAUGCAAAGUAUCCUACAGAACCACCAGAUUGCCUUGUGGAUUUUCCUGUUCUGUUUGCUGUUUCUUGGAUGCCACAGAACUCCUUAGUAGACAUUCAUAAUCAGUUCUCGGCAGCAUUAGAAUCACUGAAAGAGUUCUGGGAUGCUAUGGAUGAAAUAGAUGGGAAUACAUGGGUACUUGAGCCAGAAAAUCCCACACGGAGUGCCACAGUAAGAAGAAUUGCAAUAGGGAACAAUGUUUCAGUAAACAUAGAGGUAGAUCCUAGGCAUCCAAACAUGCUUCCUGAGUGUUACUUUCUUGGAGCAGAUCACGUGGUUAAUCCUUUAAGAACUAAGCUGAACAACAACAUGCACUUGUGGGAUCCAGAAAUCAGCCUAUUACAAAACUUGAAAGACAUCUUAGAAAUUGAUUUUCCAUCUCGUGCUGUGUUAGAAAAAAAUGAUUUUACUAAGGACUGUGGAAUCUGCUAUGCCUAUCGACUUGAUGGCACUAUUCCAGAUCAAGUGUGCGAUGAUCCCCGAUGUGGACAGCCUUUUCAUCAGGCUUGCCUGUAUGAGUGGCUGCAAGGUCUUCCUUCUAGCAGACAGAGUUUUAACGUCAUCUUUGGUGAAUGUCCAUAUUGUAAUAAGCCCCUGACAUUGAAGUAUUCCAUGAAGAAACUUUGAAAGAAAAACAUCUUGAUAUGAACACCACCACACUUAAACUGAAGACAUUUGAAGCAGUCACAUCAAAGAAAAUACAAAGAAAGUAGUAUUAGUAACAGGAG